AUGAUCAUCGCCAAGAGCGUCAACAUCAUCGUCUCCAUAGUUAUCGUAAAUGGCGUAAUCGUCUACCUUGACGUCGACGGCAAUAAACCAUUAAUAAUCAGUAAGGCUUCCGGACGUGUGAGAGUGUACGGAGAGCUCUCCAAAAGCUUCCGUACACAAAGCGGUGUCCGUCAGGGAUGCCCAAUCACUCUCCAUUCCACUUUAACUUCGCAAUUUACAAACGUGUGCCCACUGAAGGAGGCUGGUGGUAGGAGAUCUGUUUGGUUACUCAUCAUCAUCGUCAUCAUCAUCAUCAUCAUCAUAGACAGCACGACAUCAUUGUUCAACACCGAUGCUUCACUACCAUACAACCAUGAUUCACUUGGAAGCAUUAUUACAUUCACUCAGGCAAUCUGGAUAGAAACUGGCAACAAUAACGCCACUGACAUCGGUUGGCAGCCAUAUCUUGCAGCGUCCCCAACCAGGCACAGUGAGGAUCACGCCGUCCCAAUCCUGGAAGGCGAGUAG